UGUGUUGUUUCUCGGGCUGGGUACGUAAGCGUGCGUCUUACGUCACUCCCCUUAGUAACGCUCAGCGGCGUCUCGGGGAGAUAAAGCAACAAGAUGGGGUUGCUGUCGAUCCUGCGCAAGUUAAAGAGCACACCAGACCAGGAGGUCCGGAUUCUGUUGCUGGGUCUGGACAACGGGGGGAAGACCACGCUGCUCAAACAGCUGGCCUCCGAGGACAUCAGCCACAUCACCCCCACACAGGGAUUCAACAUCAAGAGCGUCCAGUCUCAGGGCUUUAAACUGAAUGUUUGGGACAUCGGAGGCCAGAGGAAGAUCAGGCCCUAUUGGAGAAACUACUUUGAGAACACUGAUGUGCUGAUUUAUGUCAUCGACAGCGCUGACAGGAAGAGAUUUGAGGAAACAGGCCAGGAGCUGGCUGAGCUGCUGGAUGAGGAGAAGCUGAGUGGUGUUCCACUGCUGAUCUUCGCUAAUAAACAAGACCUGCUGACGGCGGCGCCGGCCUCCGAGAUCGCUGAGGGUCUCAACCUGCACACCAUCCGGGAUCGCGUGUGGCAGAUCCAGUCCUGCUCCGCCCUCACCGGUGAGGGGAUACAGGAGGGCAUGAACUGGGUGUGCAAGAGUGUCAACGCAAAGAAAAAGUAGCUCCGCUUCUAGUCGUCUGCUCAGGAGGAGCAGCAGUAAAACACACGCAUACACACAGACACACACACACAUACAUACAUACAUAGAGACACACACAUGCACCCUCAUGAGCCCCUCAUAAGAUGGGAUAUACCUGUGAAUGUACACACACUACUAAUCCAACAUGGACUUGAAGAGAGUUUUUAAACCCCCCGUGUCCCCGUACCGCGGACCUUUUCUAAUCUCAACACGAGCACGGUGUUCGCUCCAACAAACGGGGAGGGCGGUGUUGCCUUCAAAGGGAACCAACCCCAGGAAAAACAGCCCGCACCAACCACCCCCCCACACCCACCACCACCACCCCACCCUACCAUCAGAGUCAAAGCCAUUCCCAGCCUCCGUCCGUCCCCACGGCGCAACCUCAAACAUUCCUGCUGUCUUUCAUUGGAAUACCAGUCCGUUCGUUAAACACCUUUUUACAUGGUGUCCGGGAAACCGCCACCCCCCCCCUCCAUCUGCUUCGUCAUCCCUCUUUCUUACAGGCCGAUACGUGUAAUUUUUUUUUUUUAAAUCAUUCCACGAUGGCUGUACGCGCUUUUUCUUGCUAUGGCUCUGUUUGAAGUGAGGUAUAUUUUUGUAAUUGUUUAUUUAUGGUGAAGUAGAAUGUAGGAUGCUUUCAAACAACAACUGGUAUGUCUGUAUGUGUGUGUGUGUGUGUACGUGUGUGUGUGUGUGUGUGUGUGUGUGGUUUCUAGGACUUUGGAGAGAAAUCAUCUACUGUGUUUUAACUCCCCCUGUAAAAGGAUGAUACAUGUUAAUAUGUAUAAAAACAGAACACUAUGAAAUAAAAUGGUUAAGAGACACUACAUUUUUUUUGGAUUGUCAGUUGUAAAUAGCUCGGCCCCAUGUUCAUAUGUUACAUUAUGCACAUGUUAUAGAGUAUUUGUUACCCAGCUGUACUUUGUAGUCUAUAAUGUUUGCAUAGCUAAUAUAUGCUGGCAGAUUUUUAACAGAGGUACAUGUAUGCUGCAAUGCAUUUCGUCUGUGUGUUUUUUGGGGUUAGCGAAGGGGGAUUCCCUCUUAGACAUUUCCUUUUGAUAUUCUUGAAUGUAAUCAGUCCAAGGAUUGAAGGUACGUGAAUAAAGAAAAAAAAAAAAAAAAG